AUGUCGGAUGCAGGCCGUCGAGCAGGUUUAGCCGCUCUUGUCCGCUUUGCCACUGCAACUUCGACGAGUACAUUGGCAGACAAUACUGUCGAUACCAAAAGCCAAUCUCUUAGCACAAUAGAGAAAGAAAAUGCGACCGAGGUGAAUAAGAAUCAGCCCGAGGAAGGGAACACAGAAGUUGGCGAAGCAAGACACAAGCAAAAGGCAGACAGUAAUAGCAAUACAAACAUAACAGUAGGAAAGAUUGUGGAAAUGAAUAGUGGCACAAAUUGCGCUAUUGAUCUGACGGAGAGUUCGGACGAGGAUGCAAAAGAUAGUGGCGUCCAUUUAUCAGACAAAGUUACUGCUAACAAUCAUGUUGGGAAUAGUAAAAGGCCUGGCACCCCAAGCAUUGCGGUAGAAUAUAGGAAGAAGGAUACUAAAGGUAGUACAAAACGAUCAUUGGCAGAGAGUCCGAAUAAUGCUAGUAUGAAGAAGCAAAGAAAUUGCGGGAGUGGUUCGAAACCGGCCACAAAUCAGGCCUCUGUGUAUAACAACAUAGAAGUCGCCCAACCCUCCGCCAAAACGCACGAACUGGUAUGGGCGAGAAAGUGGACGACACCAGAAUCAUGCAACGCCAAUAACUUCGAGGCGGUCGAUCUGAAAGUCCUCUCAUACAACGUCGAUAAGGAUGCUCCGCAUGUUGCCGACCGCAUGAGGGCAAUUGCAGACAUCAUCCAACACGAAAAUUUGGAUGCUGCACUCUUACAAGAAUUGACUAUACCUUCACUGGAUGCUAUGGAAACUGCUUUAGAGAAGACAAGCUACAGGCUCCUCUUCGAUCCCAAACUCGUGAUAACGUAUUUGAAGGUUCAGGGUGGUUAUUUCAACGCAAUUGUAGUCAAUACGGCUACGCUGAAAGUCCGGGAGCAAUCCAAGUGCUUAUACGAAUUUCCUGGGUCGUGCAUGGGUAGGCACGUGCUGGUCGUGGAUGUGACAACUCACACUGGUGGUGCAGCAAGAUUGAUGACUAGCCAUUUAGAGAGUCUGGCGUAA